AUGUCGUCUCUUCUCCGUGCUGCUCGCUGCCUCGUACGAAGACCAUUGCCCCCGCGAUUGUUCCCUACGAGUGGUUUCGAGGUCAUCGACAACUCUUACUUGGUCGAAGAGGAGACCUGGGAGCGGUACAGACCAGACGAAUUCUAUCCAGUGCGAAUAGGUGAAGUCUUCAAGUCAAAGUAUCAAGUCGUUGGAAAACUAGGGUAUGGAGGAUAUGCUACAGUAUGGCUAUGUCGGGACCUAGCGGAACAUCGGCAUGUAGCCCUCAAGAUCGGCACUUGCCAUGCGCUUUCGGGGGAGCUCUCGGCCUCGAACUACUUGAGAACGAUCAAAACAAACCACGUAGGCUCCUCGCUGGUUCGCGAGAUGCUGGAUGAGUUCGAAGUCACCAGCCAUAACCAGAAGUAUCAAGCUAUCAUUUACUCACCUUUGGCGAUCACCCUACGAGGAUUUCGGAAGAUGCUUCCCACUAAAUCCCUGCCUGUCGCGCUCUUGAGGUCGGUUCUCAAGCAUGUCUUUCUUGCUCUCGACUUCCUGCAUACCGAGGCUCGAGUGAUACACACCGAUAUUCAGGAGAAGAACAUUUUACUAGGCUUGGAUGAUCACUCUGCCGAAGAUGAUUUGGAGAAAUUUGAGAAGCAAGAGGUGGAGUCUCCCAGUCCGCGCAAAAUCGACGGUGACCGAAUCUUCUACACAUCCCGACCGCUGGUCCCUUGUAUCUAUAAUUAUGGCCGACCGGUACUCUGUGAUCUCGGCGAAGCCCAUUUUGGCAAAUACGAUCCAAUGGACGACAUUCAACCAUAUCAAUAUCGAGCUCCUGAAGUUAUCUUAGACAUUCCUUGGGAUGAGAAGGUGGAUAUCUGGAACAUCGGAGUCCUGAUUUGGGAUUUGUUUGAGAAUGGCAAUCUAUUCAAAACUACAGGAGGAGCUGAGAACAAGGAGGACAAUAUCUAUCACCUUGCUCAUAUGAUUGCAUUGCUUGGCCUUCCACCAAAAGACUUCCUCGAGCGAAGUCAAACAGAUCGUCCUUGGCAAUGGUUCAAUAGGGAUGGCAAUUGGAAGGGAGCAGCUGAUAUUCCAAACACGAGCUUGGAGGAUGCCGAGAAGAAUCUUGCAGGGGAGGAUAAGGCACUGUUUCUUCACUUCAUUAGGAAAAUGUUGAAGUGGAAGCCUGAGGAGAGAGCGAAUGCUAGGGAACUACUGGACGAUCUGUGGUUGAAUGCAGGCCACUGA